AGUUAAUUUACAGAUGAGGAUUUUAAGACAGGGAAAAGGUGAAUAAUUUGCUCAUGAUCGGACAUGUGGGUUAUGGCAGCGCUGGGGACAGAAUCUGCGUGCAUGAUUAUACUACUGUGACUGCCCGCUUUUAGAUCCUUUUCUAUUUUUGCUGUUGUUGUUGCUGUUAACUUGUUUUGGUUAAGCUAUCAGUAAAAAGCUUUUAAAGAUCCAAGUCAAAACCCAUCAGAAGCCAAAUGCUUUUGCCCCUCCGGUGAAGGACUGGGCAUUUUGUAUUUGAAUCCUGCGUGGCGGGAAGCUGAAGGCAGGUGUCGCAAGGGGCGGGGAGGAGCGGCCAGGCCCCGCCAGCCAAUCAGGGUGGGCGGGGGCCUCCCUUCCCCCCUCCGAAGACCACGCGCCAAAAUUCCAAACAGACCUCUCUCCGCUACCCGCCGUCUCCCUCCGCCGAGUUUAGUGAGCCGGAACUAUAAGAGAAAAAGAAGCCAGCGUUCUCCCACCACUGUCCGCUCGGGUCCUGAACAUUGUGGGAGCGGGUUCUCCUCAACUGUGGCCCGACGUUCCUGCUUAUAGACGGCAGGAAAGUUUCGAGCCCACAGUUGGAGGGUGCCGGCGUGCGCGGGACAGGUGCGGAGGGAUUCUGGGCGCGCGCGCUGCGGUCGCUGGCUCUGAGAUUGUGGCGCCAGAAUUCGGAGCGCGGAAGAGCCGGGCGGUUGUUGCUGCGUGGACCUCGCUCUGGUCUCCCGCAGCGGACGCCCGGGGCAGGAGGCAGAGGAGAUGGUAGUUCUCCGCAGCAGCCUGGAGCUGCACAGCCAUUCCGCCGCCUUGACCACGGACUCCCUGGACCUGCCCAGCAAGUUCUUCAACCUGGCGCAGAUCGGCCGGAGGAAGCUCCGCUCGGCCGGCCCAGCUGAGCGGUCUGCGGCUUCCGCGGGCGCCGCGGGCGCUGGGUCUUCAGUUAAGGAAUCCAAAACCUACCACCAGACACGUGCUUCAAGAUCUUUGAGAAAAAAUGCACAGAAUUCUUCAGAUUCUAGUUUUGAUAAAAAUAUGGAAAUAACGGAGAAACAUGCUAAUGGCAGGCAUUUUACAAGGCAGUUGGCUAGACAGCAGGCUAAUACAAAAAAAGAAGAGUGCAAAGAUGACAAAGUGAUUCCAGUUACUCGAUCACUGAGGACUAGAGACAUUGUUCAAACUACAGAACACUUGCACGAAGAGAAUGGUGAUGUUGAAGUUCGCCGAAGUUGUAGGAUUAGAAGUCGUUAUGGCAGUGUGAACCAGUCUGUGCUAUUUGACAAACUUAUAACAAACACUGCUGAAGCUGUACUUCAAAAAAUGGAUGACAUGAAGAAGAUGCGUAGACAGCGAAUGAGAAAACUUGAAGACUUGGGAGUGUUUAAUGAAACAGAGGAAGGGAAUCUUAAUAUGUACACAAAGGGAAAACAAAAAGGUAUUCAAAGACCUGAUGAAGAAACAACUGAUAACCAAGAAGGCAGUGCAGAGUCAUCUGAAGAGGGUGAAGACCAAGAAGAUGAAGAAGAUGACGAUGAUGACGAUGAAGAAGAUGGAGAAGAAGAUAAUCAGAAACGAUAUUAUCUUAGACAAAGAAAAGCUACUGUUUACUACCAGGCUCCAUUGGAAAAACCUCGUCACCAGAGAAAACCCAAUAUAUUUUAUAGCAGCCCAGCUUCUCCAACAAGACCAAGAUAUCGAUUAUCUUCUGCGGGACCAAGAAGUCCUUACUGUAAACGAAUGAACAGGCGAAGGCAUGCAAUCCAUAGUAGUGACUCUACUUCAUCUUCGUCUUCUGAAGAUGAACACUUUGAGAGACGACGAAAAAGGAGCCGUAAUAGAGCUAUCAGCAGAAACAGAUGCCUCCCACUAAAUUUUCGGAAAGAUGAAUUAAAAGGAAUUUAUAAAGACAGAAUGAAAAUUGGAGUGAGCCUUGCUGAUGUUGAUCCAAUGCAGCUAGAUUCUUCAGUACGAUUUGAUAGUAUUGGUGGCCUGUCUAAUCAUAUUGCAGCUCUAAAAGAGAUGGUGGUGUUUCCAUUACUUUAUCCAGAAGUCUUUGAAAAAUUCAAAAUUCAACCUCCAAGAGGUUGUUUGUUUUAUGGUCCACCUGGAACUGGAAAAACUCUGGUUGCUAGAGCACUUGCCAAUGAGUGCAGUCAAGGGGAUAAGAGAGUAGCAUUUUUCAUGAGGAAAGGUGCCGAUUGUCUGAGUAAAUGGGUAGGAGAGUCUGAAAGACAGCUACGAUUGCUAUUUGAUCAGGCUUAUCAGAUGCGCCCAUCAAUUAUUUUCUUUGAUGAAAUCGAUGGUUUGGCUCCAGUACGAUCAAGCAGGCAAGACCAAAUUCACAGUUCUAUUGUUUCCACCCUGCUAGCUAUUAUGGAUGGAUUGGACAGCAGAGGAGAAAUCGUGGUCAUUGGUGCUACCAACAGACUGGAUUCUAUUGAUCCUGCUUUACGAAGGCCUGGUCGCUUUGACAGAGAAUUCCUUUUCAGCCUACCUGAUAAAGAUGCUAGAAAAGAAAUUCUAAAGAUUCACACAAGGGAUUGGAAUCCUAAACCACUGGACAUAUUUCUAGAAGAACUAGCAGAAAACUCUGUUGGAUACUGUGGUGCAGAUAUUAAGUCAAUAUGCUCUGAGGCUGUUUUAUGUGCUCUACGUCGACGCUACCCACAAAUCUAUACCACUAGUGAGAAACUACAGUUGGAUCUCUCUUCAAUUAAUAUCUCAGCUAAGGAUUUUGAGAUAGCUAUGCAAAAGAUGAUACCAGCAUCCCAAAGAGCUGUGACAUCUCCUGGGCAGGCGCUGUCCACUGUUGUGAAACCACUCCUGCAAAGCACUGUUCAGAAGAUCUUAGAAGCCCUGCAGAGAGUAUUUCCACAUGCAGAAAUUAGAACAAAUAAAGCAUUUGACUCAGAUAUUUCAUGUCCCCUACUAGAAAGUGAUUUGGCAUACAGUGAUGAUGAUAUUCCAUCAGUAUAUGAAAAUGGGCUUUCUCAGAAAUCCUUUAAUAAGGCAAAAGAAAAUUUUAAUUUUCUUCAUUUGAAUAGAAAUGCUUGUUAUCAACCUAUGUCUUUUCGACCAAGAAUACUGAUAGUGGGAGAACCAGGAUUUGGGCAAGGUUCUCAUUUGGCACCAGCUGUCAUCCAUGCUUUGGAAAAAUUUGCAGUGUAUACAUUAGACAUUCCUGUUCUUUUUGGAGUCAGUGCUACAUCUCCUGAAGAAACAUGUGCCCAGAUGAUUCGUGAAGCUAAGAGAACAGCACCAAGUAUACUGUAUGUUCCUCAUAUCCACUUGUGGUGGGAAAUAGUUGGACCAACACUCAAAGCAACAUUUACCACAUUGUUACAGAAUAUUCCUUCAUUUGCUCCAGUUUUACUACUUGCAACUUCUGACAAACCCCAUCCUGCUCUACCAGAAGAGGUGCAAGAAUUAUUUAUUCAUGAUUAUGGAGAAAUUUUUAAUGUCCAGUUACCUGGUAAAGAAGAAAGGACAAAAUUUUUUGAAGAUUUAAUUCUUAAGCAAGCUGCUAAGCCUCCUAUAUCAAAAAAGAAAGCAGUUUUGCAGGCCUUGGAGGUACUCCCUGUAGCACCACCACCUGAGCCAAGACAGUUGACAGCAGAAGAAUUGAAACGACUGGAAGAGCAAGAAGAAGAUACAUUUAGAGAACUGAGGAUUUUCUUAAGAAGUGUUACACAUAGGCUUGCUAUUGACAAGCGAUUCAGAGUAUUUACUAAACCUGUUGACCUUGAUGAGGUUCCUGAUUAUGUCACUGUAAUAAAGCAACCAAUGGACCUUUCAUCUGUAAUAAGUAAAAUUGAUCUCCACAAGUAUCUGACUGUAAAAGACUAUUUGAGUGAUAUUGAUCUAAUCUGCAGUAAUGCUUUAGAGUACAAUCCAGAUAGAGAUCCUGGAGAUCGUCUGAUUAGGCAUAGAGCCUGUGCUUUAAGAGAUACUGCCUAUGCAAUAAUUAAAGAAGAACUUGAUGAAGACUUUGAACAGCUUUGUGAACAAAUUCAGGAAUCCAGGAAGAAGAGAGGUUGUAGUUCCUCCAAAUAUGCCCCAUCUUACUACCAUGUGAUGUCAAAGCAAAAUUCCACUCCUACUGGUGAUAAAAGAUCAGAUCCAGAGCAGAAUGAAAAAGUAAAGACUCCAAGUACUCCUGUGGCUUGUAGCACUCCUGCUCAGUUAAAGAGAAAAAUCCGCAAAAAGUCAAAGUGGUACAUAGGUACCUUAAUGAAACGAAGGAGGAUUUCACAGGCAAAAGAUGAUAGCCAAAAUGUAGCUUAUGACAAACUUGAGAGUGAUACAGAGGAGAACCAAGACACAAGUGUAGACCACAAUGAGACCAGAAAUACAGGAGAGUCUUCAGUGGAAGAAAAUGAGAAGCAGCAAAAUACCUCUGAAAGCCAAACAGAAUUGGGAAAUAAUAAUUCAAGUGUUGAGAAUAAACUUGAAGAAUCCAGAAAGACUACAGCAUGUACAGAAUUGAGGAAAGAUAAGAUUGCUUGCAAUGGAGAUGCUUCUAGCUCCCAGAUAAUAGAUACUUCUGAUGAAAAUGAAGCAAAAGAAAUGUGUGUUCUGCGACUGACCCGAGCACGACGUUCCCAAGUAGAGCAGCAGCAGCUCAUCAGUGUUGAAAAGGCUCUGGCAGUUCUUUCUCAGCCUGUGCCCUCACUUACUGUGGACCAUGAGCGGUUAGAUAAUCUUUUGAAGACUGUUGUUAAAAAAAGUCAAGAAUACAAUAUUUUUCAGUUGGAGAAUUUGUAUGCAAUAAUCAGCCAGUGUAUUUAUCAGCAUCGCAAGGACUAUGACAAAACAACACUUAUUCAGAAAAUCGAGCAAGAGGUAGAAAACUUCAGUUGUUCCAGAUCAUGAUGUCAUGGUAUCAAACAUUCUUUAUAUUCAGUUCUUAUUUAAUUAACCUUUGUCAUGACUUCACAUAACAGAUGCAGGAUUAAAUCCUGCAUUUUUAAGGAAAAGAUUAAAAUAGUAAAUAAAAAUAUUUAAACUUUCCAGUAUUUAUAUACAUGUGUAAGGUAGUUACAGAGGUAACUGAUAAAUAUUGGAAGUUUGAUUGAAUAAGACAUUUUAGUAACAGUAGUUCUGUGUAUACAUAUCAAUAGUUGAAGUGUGGCCAACUCUUAUUAAAGUUAUUUUGAUAACAUUUUUGGCACUUAAGAGUAAUCAGUGACUUUGAAAUUUUUUAUUUUAAGCACUUUUAAUUUUUUUCCUUCUUAAAAUAGUUUAUUGUAUCAGGCUAGAAACUUAAUCAUAGUGUCUUUGCCAUACUCUAUUUGUCUUUGUUUUCUUCAAUGCCUUUUGCCUGUCCAUUCACUUAAAAAACCAGUGUUUAAGUCAUGAUUUGCAAGGACACUUGAACAACUUCUGUCUGCAUAAUUCUGUACUUUCAUGUCAAAAUGAAUGCAUUUUAGGUAAACAUUUUUUAUAAUUCUAAUUAAGGUUAAUAAGUUUUAAAAUAUUUUUUGUUUACUUUUAUGAUUAUAACAGUAUAUUAAGAACUACCUUGUUAAGCAUUUUUAAUAGCACAAAGUUCAUAUUUGAAAACUAUCCAAAAUUUAUGUUUUGGUUAUAUUCUAUAUUUUUAUAUACAAUUAUGUAAAUACAAAUAUUAUAAACUUUAUAUUAGUGAUACCAAAAAUACAUUUAUUUCUUAAAGCAAUAAAGCACCACUCACUGCCAUGCAUUAAUUUUUUUCUUAAGAAGACAUUCUAAUAUUAGUUUGUAAAAAAAACUUCUCUUGGAAACUUCUUUCAAGAGGAAUGGGGGAUAAUCUCAUAUGAGAGAUUCUGUAUUCUAAUAUACUUUCAAAAUGGAGCUGCCUUUUGUUGUUGAUUUAUCUGGAUAUUGUGUUUAAAGCCUUCUAAAGCCUUGUAAUUCAGAUACUUUAAUUAGUAGAUACUGUUCUAUGUAGUGCAUAAAGCAAUGCCAGUCACUGAAAACAUUUAAGUCACUUACAUACACACAUAUGAACUCAUUCUUAUUGAAGUGUAUUAUAACUUAUUCCAGAUGCAUCUUUUAUAAUUAGGAUUUCAUUUUGUAUGUAUAGCUUUGGUAAUAAAUUUUAAAGGUAAAAAUUC